AUGGACAAAGAAGGUGACGGAGUUCGGGAUGAAAAGAGAAACAAGGGAAUGCAGCUUAUAAUGAUGGGCAAAACUCAAGGCAAGAGACGUGCUGAUACAAGAAAGAAGACGUGGUUGCUGAACGUACGUGGAUGGACUGGUAUCACAUCCGCCAGGGAUCUUUUUAGAUUAGAGCAAGAUACCUGGCAAUUCGUUAAUAACCAGCCAACCUUUAGCGAUAAAGUAGCACCAGAAGAAGAAGAUUAUACGGAAUAUUAA